AUGGAGGAUGUGGCCAGCUUCGACGUCAUCGUCGUAGGCGCAGGUCUGACUGGUAUCGUUGCAGCUCAACGACUGCUUCAAGCUCAUCCAGAGACACAGCUAGCAAUUCUGGAGCGCGAUUAUUGCGUCGGAGGGGUAUGGAGCGAGCGACGUAUUUAUCCCAGCUUCUGGUCGCAGUGGACACAUGGCGUUGCAGAGUUCUCUGACAUGCCCAUGGAGAAGCCUCCGGCCGAGGACUCCAUGUACGAUUUAUUCCGCGCAAAGUAUACAACAAAGUAUCUUGAAGAUUAUGUCGACAACAUGAGCCACGCCGGAUUGAGACUCCGGGAUAGAAUACAAUUCAACACCCAAGUAGAGUCCAUCAAGAAGAUCGAUGGCCGAUGGAGUUUCGAGUGUAUUGAUACGAAAACCAAGUCACGGCGCACAAUGGUCUGCUCAAGAGUCAUGAUGGCGAAUGGCCAAUCUUCGGUUCCCAAUAUGCCUGAAUUCCCGGGCCAGGAAAACUUCGGAGGAAAGCUCGUCCACUCAAUUGACUUCGGCCAGUCUGACGUCGUCCAAAACAAAUCUAUCCAACACGUUUCCGUCCUGGGCGCAGGAAAGUCAGCUGCAGAUAUGGUGUAUGAGGCAGUCAAGGCAGGCAAAACUGUAUCAUGGAUCAUUCGUAAAACCGGUAAUGGUUCACUUGGCCCUGCAGCCCUUGCGCCCAUCGAUCUGCCUACGCCAUAUAAAAAUGGAGUUGAAGCGUCGCAGGCAAGAAUCAUGGCAUCGCUGCAGCCGUGCUACCUUAUCCCCAAUCAAUCAUGGUGGACAUGGCUUCUCCAUAGUACCAGACUCGGCGCAAAGCUCGUAAGCAAGAUAUUCUCCGCUCUAGACAACACAGUCAGAAAAUACGCCGGCUAUAGAGAGAGGAAGAGCGACAAAGGUUUCGAAAAACUUGAGUAUGACAACGAGAUCAUCUGGCAGAACGGCACCGCGGGAGGCUGCCAUUUUAACGACUUCUUUCCUCUUGUCGCGGAUAAAGUCAAUGUUCACCGUGGUGACGUGAAGCUUUUGAGUGGGAAUGAACUAUACCUCAAUGAUGAGGACGGUACACAUUUCCCGUGCGACGCGAUCCUAUGUGGAACUGGCUGGAGGGAUGGACUCGACAUGUUUGAUCACGAUACACUCAGAGCACUAGGAUUACCCUUCCCAAAAACUAUCGAACCGCAGGAGGAAACAGCCAAGUGGGAGAAGCUCGUUGGCGACGCAGACGAACUGGUCCUUCGUCGGUUCGUCAUGCUCAGAAAACCCCCCAAGCACUACCAUAAGCACGACGAUCGAACGCCCUACCGACUGUAUCACACGAUGGCCCCUGUACACGAUGACUCUAUUCUCUUCAUGAACCACAUUGUCGCUGGAGCGAAAUUAUUUGCAGCCGAAACACAGGCCAUAUGGGCAGUGGCGUACUGGGACAAGGCCUUCAAGCUGCCCUCUGUAGCGGAGAGGGAGAAGGACAUUGCUCACAUGAUUGCCUGGAACAAGCGGCGCUAUCUCUCAAAUGGUGAACUUGGAAACUUUGCUGCCUUUGACAGCGUUCCAUACGCAGAUAAGCUCUUAGAUGAGACUGGGCUUUCAGCGCAUCGCCAGAAGGGUUGGCUGGGGAAUAUGUUCUCACCCAUCAUGCCUGCUGAUUUGGGCAGAGUGUGGCGGGAGUAUCUAGACAAGAGAACGGAAUAG